AUGCCGCAGGUCCAAGAGAGGUCCCAACGGGUGCACGCCCUCGUUGAGUACACUAAGUAUCGACCAGCGACGCCCCGCCUACCUCAUUCGCUUCGCCGGCGGUUACGGCGCCGCUUGGACUUCGCCCCGGCCCGGCCCAGCCCCGCCGCCCGCGCCUUUGCCUCCGCCUGCGCCGCCGGCCUGCCCCCCCACGCGCCUUCUUCGAAGGGGUUCUUGUUGGGUGGGAGUUCCACCAUUGGUGGGUUAACCGAAUUUCAGGCUGAAAUCCCCGAUAUGAGCCCGUGCGAUCUCCGCGGGAGGAUCUUCCGUUCCGUCUAUAUCGAGUGUUGCACCACAAGCGCCCCUCCUACAGUUGAGGAGGACAUUGCCUCCGCCUCGCGAUCGCCGCCCGAAGGGGCCGUGUUCAGCAGCUGA